AGCGAGUUGGAUGGUUCGUUUAGUCAGUCAGUCAAGUCAGUCAGCGUGGCCACCGAAUAUCGGUCAACGACGAUAAACAGCGCUCAAAAGUGAAGAAGAUAUCAAGUUUAAGAACGAGAAGUGCAGCAAACCGGGCAGGCGGAAACCAGUGCAACGGCUAUUUGAUCUCAUGAAAGUGCUAUAAUUGAGCAGCACGACUCAAUUACUUUAUGUGCCCGUGGGCUGUAGACUGCGAAGCAGACGAAGACACACAGACAAUCAGAGCAAAGUCAUAUAGUAGUGCAUUGACUACCGGUUCAGUGUGGAGCAACGGGUCCAUAUGAUCUGAAGUGAAGUCUUGUUUGUUCCCUACUAUAGUGGAGGGGUACUGUUGAACCGGAUUGUCGAUAAAUAUAGGUUAACGAUCUUGAGAGAGUGAUAGAGACAACGACGGUGACCUGUGCCAAUUGUGUGCGAGCGAGACUGAUUUGUGCUGUCGGUUGGUUAAUUGAUGCACUACGGCGCUAGUCCAAAACAAAAUAGGUGCCACUAUUGAGGAGAGGGAAGUAAAGGCAGCAGUUCAACGGCAUUAGAAUGUCGACGCUGGGAGAUAUGGCCCAACGGAGCAGGGUCAUGUACGUAAACAACAAUCCACCGGUCGUGCCAACAGUCAUGUCCUUGGAGGAAUCCCGCCGAACACAGCGCCCCUAUCGGUAUGGAAUGAUCCUGCUGUGCGUGGGCGCACUAGUCAACUGGUUGGGACUGGCCCAGGACUACACAGAACCCAUCCGGUACACCGGAGUGGCGUGCAUUUUGGCAGGAGCAUGUCUCAUCUGCACGGCCAUGUGCUGCUGGCUGCAUACACCGAACAGAGCCGGAUCAUCAACUGAGAACGAUGAUCCGAUACAUGUAAUCAGCGCCGCGGAGGAACGUCGCUGCGAGAAACCACCCGACUAUGACAGCGUAGCAGUGGCGCCUCCCAGCUAUGACGACGCCAUCAAGCUGGACCCGUCGGCCUUGCUGCAGCACACGACUACGAUGGUACCUGCCACCGCUAACUGUUCCUCUACAGUAGCCACUCCAAAUGCUACCUCAGCUACAGCCGCCAUCACUUCCACCUCCAGUACAAGCUCAUCGACAUUCAACUUCUCCACCAUUCUGGGUCUACCCAGGGAAACCCGAAACGCAUCGAGCGCAUCGUUGGAUGCCGCUGCCACCAGCCGCAGUACCACAGCCACCGUACCCAGUCCAGUGUGCCUGAGCAUCGAGCAUGAGAAACCACCGCCAUACGAGGCCAGCCGCGCCACUACCCAUCCGCCGGCCAUAGUCGCCGCAAUUCCGAUUCAUAUGAACCCAGCGAUUAUGGUCCCGGGUAGCAAUUGAAGUGUUCCGAACACUACAAAUGUUGUACACGUGAGAAUUUUGCGUGGGUGCGCAAAUGUGUGAUAGUGUGCGUGCGUGUUAAUUCGAUAUAAGUCCUCAACUGAAUCCACUCCACUCCGUUGUCGCGAGUGGAACAUACAGUGACCGCAAGGCUGUGCUCAACUUGUAACUGUUCUUUUUUUGAUUUGUCGUGUACUUACUACUAGCGUAAGAGAAAAUUAUAACCUAAGUCACGUACUGGUAUGGUUUUUCCUGGUCAUGUACCGGAGUAACAAUGCUCACACCCCAGUAGGAAAGAUAGCGAUAGCGCUGCGGGUUCAGUAUUAGAAAGAUGGAGCCGCUGCCAAAACAAAAAACACGCCAAAUGCCAAAACCGUCAAACGUUUACAAAAACAAACGAACCGGUUUUCUGAAUUUAUUCGUGAAAUAAAGAACCCAAAUUGAAGUUGAAACUAAGACGCACAUGUGUGACUUAAUUCAGAACCGAUUGCGUGUCGAUCGAUCUUCAGUGAAUCUAAUUACAUACCCAACUAGCCAUUCGCCAAUGAUUAAGGAGAGCGGUAGGCUGAGAAGCUUUGCUAAGUGUCAUGCUUGGAUGGGCCCCAAGAAAGAAGGUGAAUCGGGCGGCACAAAGAUGUUAUAUAUGAACGAGUUGUGUGUAUUGUAAUUCAAUUCCACACAACGAUGCCUUUUACUACAGCUAGAAGACAAGUAACGUCAAAUUAUGCGAAUUUAGUUAGGUAAACAUGAGUGAUAAAAGCGAAUAUAGAACGAUAAAUAUAUAUUGUGAUGAACUAAA